AUGGCCUCGUCAAGACUGAGCUUGUUUGCCUUUGUGCUUGUUCAUGCCUUCCUCCUCCAUUCUUCUCUAGUAUGUUGUAAUGAUGAAGAAGACGACCUUUUUGUCGGCCUCAACAAUUUCAGGCAAACCCUAAACCUCUCAGAACUCGUAAAGAACGAGAAGGCCGGCUGUAUCGCCGACGAGAUCUCAGAUGAGCUACAGGGCCUACCAUGCUCUCAUGCAGCUGACUAUGAGAUUAAACCAGGCAAUGGUCCUGUGUUCCCCUACUUCAGCAAGCUCAUAACCAAGUGUAACAUAGACAACAGCACCACAACUGAUGGGAUCAUUUUGCCUGUUUGCGUGCCCGAUUUGGACCCAGAUCUUGUGCUUAACAAUUAUACUAAAACUAAAUUUGCUCAGUUUCUGAAUAAUUCUAAGUAUACAGGAGCUGGGGUUGGUUCUGAGGAUGAUUGGAUGAUUGUUGUGUUGACUACUGACUCACCUAGUGGGAGCUUUACUGGUGGUGCUGCUUCUUUGGCUGCAAUUGGCAUGGUUCACUACAUGGUUGCUUUGUUCUUGGGAUUGUCCUUCAUUUUGCUAUGAUUAAGUGGUUAAUUUACUUCAAUUUUUUUCUUCUCUGAUAUAGUGUGAUUGUUAUGAAUAAUGUGGUUUUCCUCUCCAAUUUUAUACAUAAUAAGAAUGUGGAACUUUUUCUUUGG